AUGGCACAGACGCCCUCAGACACGUGCUGCCUAUCCCCAUCGGACUGGACCUCCCUCAACAAGACUCUUUCCGGUCGCUUGAUUCGCACCAUCCCCCCAGGAUCAGUCUGCUAUCCAACACACAACAAUUACAACCCGGAAGUCUGCAAAAGAGUUCUCUACAACUGGACUUCACCUACAUUCCAUUCCGCGGAUCUAGCAAGCGUGUACGGGCCUCCCAUCGCCAAUAGUAGCUGCAAUCCCAUCUAUCCUAAUGGAACCAGUAUUUCUGGAUAUCCCAAGGCAGGGAGAAAGGCUGAUCGAUUGGAAAAAUAUCCCCCUUGUGUGGCCAAUACGGCCGAAGAGGCAAGAUCCUUACGGCCAAUGAUUGCCAAAACAAAGGCCUCCUUCUGGGCUAUCCGCGGAGGCGGAGCGUUUGGUGUGAUUCUCAAUAUAACGGUGAACGAAUAUCCGGUGCAGUCGCUUUCCAUAAUCGGCAUCAACAUGGAGGGGUAG